AGGUCGAUGGGCCAUAAGGGAAGAGAGUGCAUGUCCUUUCUCCCUUCGUUCAUCCUGCCACUGCCAUGCCUAUAAAUACAGCAUCCAUGACCACAAAGUUUCAGCAAGCAGCGCAGUUAGCAGUUAGCACAACACACAGGCCACAGGGACCGAGAGGGGAGAGCAGCUCGCUGCCAGCCAAAGCGCGCGAUGGCGUCCUCCACCACCACCAAGACCGCCCGUCUUCUCCGGCUCCUGCAGAUCGCGCUGUUCGUCGUCUCCGCGGUGAUCAUGAGCGGCGGCUCCGUCUGCCACGGAGCGCGCGCCGUUCCAGUGAUAGGUUACGGCGGUUUGAACCCUAACCGACCUGCUUGCAUCGGCGAGAGGUGCCCAGUACGAGGUGACCCCUACAGCCGCCCUCGUCCCUAUGGUGGCAUCCCAUACCACCGUGGUACACCCGCUCAGCCACCGAACGGAGAGAACCCCCAUCCCUGAUGAAUGAUGGCUGCCUCGAUCACGAUCAUAUGUAACGAAAGAGUUGGCAACAACAACAACGCACCGUGUACCUAAGAUGUAGCUAACCGCAAUAUAAAUAUGGGUAGCAACGUACUGUCUCGUGUGCUUGUGUAGUAUGAAUAAAACUCAAGUUCAGAUGGCCGACAGUGCUGCGGCUACUCUUGUCGGCACAAACCAAAUUGCCCGCUUCAAAUCCCAAUCAGAAUGUUUUUUGUUGUGUUUCAUUCUUUCUAUGCGAUUUUUGUAUUGUUCAUGCAGCAUGAGAACACCAAAAUGUCCUCUUUUAUUUUUGGGAAAUGAAAUGCUCGCCUGAACCUGAUGCCGCUCAAAAUCCGAAGAACAAAACGUGGCAACCAUAUACACACCUGUUAGUUGGGCCAAGGUAACAGGCCAUCUCCUUUAGCCACGGUCACACACCCAACCUGGCUAGCUUUGACAAGGCAAGCCAUACUGCUCUACCUGCAUGCACAGAUCCUGGUUGUGUGCCUGAAUGAGAUGCCCCGUCGCCCGAGCGAUGAGACAGUCAAGCCCAUUGGCAGCCCGGGCGGCGCACGAACCGCCUACACGUCGUUGUUCACGCAGAAGAUGAUGCAGGAAACAGGGGGAGAUUCGAUCAAAGCCGGUAUGCUCGCAACUUGGCAAAGAACACAGAUGAUGUGAUCUAACAGACACAACAGACCCCCAUACGACCCUCUCAAAAGAGGAACGAAAACAAGAUCGAUUUAUAAAUAGGAUCUAGAAAACAUCUACUAGUACGCAAACGGCGACACUGACAUGGCCUACGCCGGCGCCCCUGCCGUGGCCAACGCCGCCGCCGCCGACAAUGGUGCUCGUUCCAUGGCCAACGCCACUACCGCAAUCAACGCCGCCGCCGCCACCGCCCACCAUGGCGCGAACGGCGCGCCCGCGUCAGGAUCAGGCCGCGACCACGUGGUCAUCUUCCCCUUCAUGGCCAAGGGCCACAUGCUCCCGCUGCUCCACUUGGCCACGGCCCUCUCGGCGCGGCGCGGGGGCCUCGGCCUCCGCGUGACCCUGGUCACCACGCCGGGCAACGUGGCCUUCGCCCGGAGCCGGCUGCCGGCGUCGGUGUCGCUCGUCGCGCUCCCGUUCCCGCCGCUCCCGCCGCUGCCGGCGGGCGUCGAGUCCACCAACGCCCUCCCGUCCCCGUCGCUGCACCUGGCGUUCCUGCGCGCCACGGCGCUCCUGCGGGCGCCCUUCGCCGCGUUCCUGGCCUCGCUCCCGUCCCCGCCGCUCGCGCUCGUCUCCGACUUCUUCCUCGGGUUCACGCGCCGCGUCGCCGCCAACGCCGGCGUCCGCCGCGUCGUGUUCAACGGCAUGUCCUGCUUCGCGUCGGCGAUCUGCAAGGCGCUCGCCGCGAGCCCGCCGGCCAGCUUCGAGCCCGGCGCGCAGCUCCGCGUGCCCGCCCUGCCGGACCACGUGGUGGUCUGGGCGGAGGAGGUCCCCGACGGGGUGGCCAACAGGGCCGACCCCGACAACCCCUUCACCCGGUUCUUCGCGCGCGAGAUCGGCGACUCGGACGUGCGCAGCUGGGGCGUCCUCGUCAACAGCUUCGCCGCGCUGGACGGGGACUACGUGCCGGGCCUGGAGUCCUUCUACGAGCCGGGGUCCCGCGCCUGGCUCGUCGGCCCGCUGUUCCUCGCCGCCGCCGGCGACGACAUGUCGCCGGAGGGCGAGAAGGAGCACGACCCCGAGGGCUGCCUCGCGUGGCUCGACGAGAGGGCGGCGCAGCCGGGGUCCGUGGUCUACGUCUCGUUCGGCACGCAGGCCCACGUCACGGACGCGCAGCUCGACGAGCUGGUGCACGGGCUGGCGCGGUCCGGCCGGCCCUUCCUCUGGGCGGUCCGGUCCGACACGUGGUCGCCGCCGGCGGGCGUGGGCCCCGACGGCCGGAUCGUCCGCGGGUGGGUCCCGCAGCGAAGCGUCCUUGCCCACAGGGCGGUCGGCGGGUUCGUGAGCCACUGCGGGUGGAACUCGGUGAUGGAGAGCCUCGCCGCCGGGAAGCCCCUGCUGGCGUGGCCGAUGAUCGCCGAGCAGCACCUGAACGCGAGGCACGUCGCCAACAUCCUGGGCGUCGGCGUCAGGGUGGCCGUGAGGCCCGGCGCGGGCGUCGUCGGGCGGGCGGACGUGGAGGAGAAGGUGCGGGAGCUCAUGGACGCCGGCAGCAAGGCGGCGAGGAGCAUGCGGGAGAGGGCCGCGUGGGCGCAGCAGGCAGCGGAGUCGGCGGUGAGCCGCGGUGGAACUUCGGCCACGACGUUGCGGAAUCUGGUGGAGGAGCUGCAGCGGACCUACGGUGACGUCGUAGGCAAAGAAAGCGAGGUGAGGGGGACAAAAUAGUCUUUAAUUUCUCCAGGUUCAGUUUUAUAAAAGUGUCAGUUAAUUUGUUCUAUGCCUUUUGCCUGUGUUAAUGUAAGCCUGUGUUCCCUGAAUUUCUCCAUAUUGUUCAUCGGGGUGGCCAAUUGACCGCACAAUUUUGAGUCAUAAGAAAAGCUUACUUCUUUUUA